AAUCAUGUUGUUUCUGAUAUUUAUCCGACUGCUAUUUUAUACUGCUGCAGCAGAUCCAUUAAUGCUGGAGAAUCGUACGUUUGACCUGCUAUCAGACCAUAAAUGUGUAAUUGAUUGCAACGGCGUCUUCAAGUGUCAUGAUGAUGAUAUUCACUGUCCCUCUUUGCAAAAACACUUUGAUCUGCACGAUGAUGAGAACACUGAUAUAAGAUCACUCUUAAUCUAUGGCCAUAAUGGAUUACGGAAUCGUUUAGCCCUCAAACUGAAUAUCUGUGACAUGCUGCACGUGUCCUGGGACAGUAAUCUAGCCGAGCUCGCCAAUCGUCAUCACAGACACUGUAUGCGACGAGUGACUUGCGAAGCUGCAAGAAAUCACUUGAAUAAAGCAGAAGAUCGGAAGAUUGGACAGAGCAAGAAUGGCAACCUGGCACAAAGCAGUUACUUUCUGAAGAACAUUUAUGCCACCAAUUUCAUAGAGUAUGCGGUGGGCAGCUGGUACGAGUCGCACACUCAACUGGAGUACCCCACGAAGACCAAAUACCACAAGAACACUUAUUACAAGCUGAUUGGCAUCAAUACCUUUACACAUAUCAUCAAGCCGCAGAUGCAUCGAUUGGGCUGCUCCUAUUCCCGGUUUGAUGAUGGUCUUAGCUUGAUUUGUUAUUACUUUCCCUUCGGUUAUAAGAACAACAUGAUUUUGCUGCGACAGAAACCCAAGGAAUAUCAAUGCCCGUAUAACUUUCCGCUUUUAGAUCCGGUUUUCAAAGGACUCUGCAAAUAUACCGAGUAUUUAAACUGAACAACUAACUACCGUUAAAGAGACCCCACUUAUCCAAUUAAAUGAGUGUAAAGAAA